AUGCAGGACAUUAUUGACCAUUUACCCAAAUUGCCUGAAAUCCAACAACAAAAACUCACUAUUCCUGAAUUCGACGAAAUUGAAGUUAAAGUUACUGAUUCAGUAGAAAUAAAGAAGUUCAUACGUAAAGUAAAUUAUGAAUUCCUUGGUUUUCAUUGCAACCAUAAGGUUAUGGACAAAGAUUGCGACAUGGUAUAUAAAAACAUUUCUGACAUAUAUAAAUCUGAGGAGUUUAAGACUUACGAUAACUUUGUUUCAUUAGUUGCAAAAUGUGUUUGGGAAAUAAGAGAUAAAGAUAGAAGAGGCAAAGUAUGGAACGAACAAAUAAGACCCGCUAUGUUUGAGAUGAAGAGAGCAAUUGACGCCUUAGUUGUUUUAGCUGGUUUUAUUUCAAUGUAUAAUGCAAAAAUGAACCCGCAAUGUUCAAAAUGUAAGGCAGCAAUUAGGAAAUAUAACUACUCAGUCAAAGAGAUAGAAAGAAUGAGAAACGACUAUGCAGACUUAAAGAAAGAAGCAGAAAAGCCAGCAGAAGAUAAAAUGGACAUGUUAGCAUUUCUGAACAAAAACUAUCCAACAGUAGAAGAUUUCCUUCUAUCUGACGUCAAGAAGAAGUAUAAAGAGACUUUCGGUAUUGUUAAAACUUUUGAUAUCCUCAGCGAAGAAAUAGAAGCUACAAAACUGUUUAGGAUUUCAAAUAUACAUCGUACAAUUCAUGUAAAACGCUUGUGA